UGAGUCAUGUGAUCAUGUGCACAGAAAACAGUGACGUAGUUCUCAAGCACAUGCGGAAAAAGGAGGAUGGCGAUAGAUAUCCGAAAGAAUAAAGACGCCCUUUUAAAGGCAUACAACGAUGUUGUGGACGAUAAUUCAUCAACGGAUUGGAUGGUCAUGGGAUAUGAAGGUCAGACUCCAGUUCUUAAGCUGGUUGGAAGUGGCGAGGGUGGAAUUGAGGAGAUGGCAGAGGACCUGAACAGUUCCAAGAUUCAAUAUGCAUACUGCCGAGUACUGGACUCCAACACUAAUCUUCCAAAAUAUGUGCUGAUAAAUUGGCAAGGAGAGGCGGCCCCAGAAUCCAUGAAGUUUAAAUGUACAAGUCAUCUCCGUGAUGUGGCUGCAUUUGUGAGAGGUGUGCAUGUGACAGUAAAUGCUCGCACAGAGGAUGAUGUAGACCCUGAUGACAUCGCACAGAAAGUGGCAAAAGCUUCAGGGGCAAACUACAGCAUACACCAGGAGAAACCCAAAGCUCCACCCCCCAAACCAACAAAGAAUGCCAAAAAGGAGGAUUCACCUGGGCCUGUGGGCUCGGUUUAUCAGAGAACAAUUGCAGCCAAGGACAUCAACAAUAGAGAGCGAGACAAAUUCUGGGCCCAAACUGAGAAAGAGGAACAAAGGCGAAUUGAGGAAGAAAGACAGAGGCGAAUGAAAGAACAACAGGAACUGGACAGAGAGAGGCGGGAACGAGAGACUAAAGAAGCUCAGGAGAGAGAAAAAUUUAUGAAUGAAAAGUUGAAAGCAGCUCGAGAACAGAAAGUCCGAGAGAGGAGAGCGAGUGAAAUAGAAAGAGAAGAACAGAAGAAAAGAUGGAAUGAAGAAAGCAGUGAACAAGAACAACAGGAGGCGUUUAAGGAGGAGGAAGAAAGAGGUCGCCGCAGUGAAGCGAUCAGGAAGGAGAGAGCAGCGGAAGCUGUCCGUCUGGCCAGCAGUUCUACAGCCAAUGCCAGGGCUCUGUUCAAGAGACGAGAAUCGGAGGCUGAUGAUCAACCGGUGUCUAGAGCUCCUCCUCCCCCUAAAAAAAUCCAGCAUGGCUUCCUUAAUCAGCAACAACAGGAGGAGCCAGUAGAAAGAAAGGAACCAAUCCAAAUCCCCCGCGGAAAUCCACCCAAACCAGAACGCAGUUUUGCAGAACCGGAGCCCUCGGGACCAGUCUUCUCAACCCCUCCAAGACCACCUUCCCCUCCACGGAGAGAGCCAUCCCCUCCCCCUAGGGAACCAUCUCCACCCCCUAGAGAACCAUCCCCUCCCCCUAGAGAGCCUUCCCCUCCUCGACAGUUGCCUAGGGUUCCGCCCAGUGAACCGGAACCUCAACUUCCACGGGCCAGGAAUCUGUUAUCUGAGGGACUUCCCCCUCGCCAGGAUUCAGACGAAGAGAAUAACAAUGAUGAAGAAUGGGGAGAAGAAACCUAUGCAAAUUAUGAUAACGCUGAAACAUAUAUCCCGGCAGUCCAGUCCCAUCACCCCCCAGAGGAGGAACAGCACACCCAGGAGAUGCAGAACGGCCACGAAGAGUACGACCAGCAACAGACCCAGGACUUGAGUGGCUACGGAAUCCUCCCUGAGCAUGGACUGUGUGCCAGAGCCGUCUACGAUUAUCAAGCUUCUGAUGAAUCAGAAAUUUCCUUUGAUCCGGAUCAAAUCAUUACAAACAUUGAGCAAAUCGACGAGGGAUGGUGGACAGGGAUGGGACCAGAUGGAAAUCACGGAAUGUUUCCCGCUAAUUAUGUGGAAUUAAUUAAUGGCUGAUUGAUUAGCUAGUUGCACAAAUUAUCACAGAUUCUAGCAACAAAUUUAUAUUAAUCCAACGGAAUAAGAAGCUUAGAGAAGAAAAAAUGUGUACCAUAUUCUGAUUUGUAUGAAGAUAUUUUUUUUUUAUUAAAUUUUGCAAAUUGUAUUUUUAUGGGAAAAUUACUAAUAUAUGGAGUACAUGUACAUAUGUAUAAUCUGAGCUUGCAACAUUGGUUUGUACCCAACAGAACUACAAUGACUUAAUCAGCAAGUACCCAUGCUUAUUGAAUUAUCAAAGUUUACUGGUAAAUUGCCUCCGAUCAUAUCCGGUAAAAAUCUUUUUUGUGAAAGCAUUUUUAUUUGGUUAAUAAUGAUCGAGCUAGGGUAAAAAAAACAAGCAGAAAAUUUGCAUUUAUAAUUACAUGUACUAUGUCGUAUUUUUUAGAUUAACUUUGCAUCUGUAUGAGAAUUUAAGUACAUGUAUUGUUCGAAGCUAGUCCUCCAUGUCUCUAUAGAAAAUCCAGGACUACUGAAGAAGGUCCACAUAUUUAAACAUUAGAAAUACCAAGUUAUUGUAUAAAUAAUUGUGAUAUGUUUUGUAUGAUUCUUGUUUAUACUUGAAAACGUUUGUUUGUAACACGAUGCAUUUCGUCAAGUGCUUUGAUUUGUUCAAAAUAAUUUUGAAGAUUAUAUUUACUUUUGAGUGUCUAUUUUUACAAGCAUAUUCUGUAUAAGUGAUGGAAAAUAUUGGUGCAUUCUAGCUGAAAUAUCUUAAUUCUUUUUGCUCUCAUUCCCUCCCUAAAUGAUGAUAGUAUAAAUUUGAUUUCAAAGAUUAAAUUUCAGACAUUUGCAUUUACAUAUCAUAUAGUGAAUAACUGGUACUUACUAUGGAAUAUCCAGGAAUUUCUUUUAUUAUGUGACAGUAUUAUUGUGUUAGUGAUGCAUCAAGUGAAUACAUUUUUUUAUUCUAAAAAAUCCGGAUAUAUUUUAUAUUACUAGUAUUUGAAUAGUAUAAAUAUGUUUCACCUUAGCCAAGAUAGCACUAAGCCUCUGUCAUCCUUAUACAUAUAUUAAGGAAUGCUAUUCAUCUAUAUUAACCAGUAUUUUAGUACAUGUACUGGUACCAACAUAUCUAAUUUUUGCUUAGGAAAUAUGGGAGAAAUUGAGAAACGUACUAUGCAACUGUAUGACUGUAAUCUAGUUUUGUUUCUGGGGUAAUCUUGCGGACGCGGACUGGAUGUCUGGCUUGUAUAUCUGAUAAUGAUAUUGAUAAUAAAUUAUAAAAACAUGCAA